ACUUAUCUUAUUCAGAAUUUUAAUUUUUUUUUGUUACAUAAUACAUAUUAUAAAUGGAAUGAGCAUAUAAUAGUAGUUCUUUGAUUUUAAAAUAUAAUAUAUGAAUAAAUACUAAUUAUAGUUUUUAAAUUUAGUAUGAAAUUGUGAGGCCAGCUAUGAUGUAUGGUUAAUAGUGUUGGGCGGUUGAUAAGAAAGUAGAGCAGAGAAUAAGUGUAGCAGAGAUGAGAAUGCUUAGUUGGAUGAGUGGAGUGACUAGAGAAGAUAGGAUAAGGAACGAGCAUAUAAGAGGAAGUAUAGAUGUAACGUCAAUAGUGGAUAAGAUGAGAGAAAAUAGACUUAGAUGGUUUGGUCAUGUUAUGAGGAGAGAAGAAUUGGAAGCUAUAAGAACAGUUAUAGCAAUGAAUGUUGAAGGAAGAAGAGGUAGAGGAAGACCAAAAAAGAGAUGGAAGGAUGCUAAUGAAUGCGAUAUGAGGACAGCUGAUGUGAGCGUAGAUGAUGUUGGAGAUCGUGUUAAGUGGAAGUUUAGGAUAAGGAUGGGCGAUCCCAAGUAGUUGGGAUUAAGGCGAGGAAGAAGAAGAAAAAUACCUAUUAUAAAUAUGCUUUAAUUUUUGAAAUU